AUGCCACGGUCAGAAAAGCUCAAAAUCCAGGAAAUUAUCAAGAAGUACCCUGACGACUUUGAUGGCAAGGCUGCGAUUGGUGUGUCGGUAGAUAGUGAUGCAAGUGGAAGUGGUAAAAGUGAUACUGAAGAGGUGGGGACUGAUAAAGUGUAUUCCUGGACGGGAACGUUGGCGAAAUGA